UUGCAGGGCUCUGCACUUACCUAAGCUGUUCACAGGCUCAGCAUCACACAGUUUGAUUCAGCACCUUGCUUGUAGCGCGCACACAUCACCUGCAGCACAGAUCAUAGGAGGAGUGCAGUAAUGAGACAGAGCCCAGCAUUUAUUGCUUCACAGCGUGUGUGUGUGUGUGUGUGUGUUCGUGUUGAGCAAAUGUGUGCACGGUUCGUCUAGUGUGUGUUUGCAGGCGAAAAAGAAAUAACGGGAGAGAGGGAGGCACAGAGAUAGAGAUAGAGAGGGAGGGGGGGGGGAGAGGAGGAGAGCGCGGACGUGUGCUGGUGAGAGCUGGGUGGAAGGAUGUCUGCUCGUGUUUGAACUGCCUCAAAUGCUCAGAGGGAGAGUCAAGGCAAGAAUUUAGCAGAGGCAGAGAAACAGACGUCUCACUGGGGGACACAUCUUGUUCGUCACUUGCAGGGGAGCAGAGACGAUUUGGCAAUGCCUGCCGAAGUGAAAGAGGAGCAGAUUUCAGAGGGGCCUCCUCCACUCUCUUUGUCACAGGAGGCGAGGGAGGCGACUCUGGAUAACCCGACUGCCAACGAUGAACUCGAUACGCCCACCUCGAUCGCCUCCGUGAUGACCUCGACCAAUGAGAGCUCCACGGAGACUGACACGCCGCAGCAGACAGACACUGAGGAGUCCAAGCCCGUGGAACAAGAGGGUGAACAGGCCCCCGGUGACGCCCAAGAACCCUCAGAGACACGCCAGGAGGACUUCCCGUCAUCUGACACGACCAAUCCCAAUGUCCCGACUCCAGAUGUCCAGGGUAAAAAUCCUACUGCCGCAAACACGGAACCCGCCGAGCCUCUGACACCCACCACGCCGACCAGCAGCACCACCACGGCGCCCUCUCAGCCUCCGGCGGUGCAGAAGCCGCCCGAGGGGCAUCAGCCAGUGAGCCGGGACAGGCAGAGCAGAGUGUACACCCUCCCCGACAGCUACAGGGGCCUCGGCGGGGACGUAUGCGCGGCGGGCUACGGAAGCCUGUCCCGCGCCACCGUCCACGGCUACUGGCCCGCCAAGAGCUUCCAGCCCGGGGCUCACUACACCUUGCCCUUCCUCAGGGACAGCUACGCUCCGGCAGGCCUUAGCAGCCAGGCGGAGGAGGACGGCCUCAGCCAGCGGGGAGAAAACCCUCCGGACACGAAGGCGGAGCGCCCGGCUGCCAGUUACCCAACACUGGGGGGGAUCCACCAGUUCAGGCCGAUCACCACCAUGGAGCUCCUCAGGGAGCCCUCCAGGACCAGAGGUGGAUACGAUGACGCCUUCAUGGCCCAACUGGAGGGGAACCUGAAUCCUUUCUUCCAGGCCAUGUGCCGAGCACAGACCCUGCAGUUCCCCCACAAACGCAGCAGCAUGGUCAGCCUGGACAGCAUCCGCAGAGACCCGCGCUGGAGGGACCCCAACCUGCAUGAGGUGAUAUCGAUGCUCAGCCACCCGAUGGACCCAGUCAAGUCCAACGCCGCCGCCUAUUUGCAGCACCUGUGCUAUGAGAGCGACCGCAUCAAGCAGGAGGUGCGCCAGCUCAACGGGGUGCCCAUCUUGGUGGAAUUAUUGGACCACCCGAAGCCUGAGGUCCACCGCAAGGCCUGCGGGGCUCUGCGCAACAUAUCCUACGGAAAAGACCACAAUAACAAAAUGGCCAUCAAGAACUGCGAUGGCAUCCAAGCUUUAGUCAGACUGAUGAGGAAGUCAAGCAGCAUUGAGGUCAAAGAGUUAGUCACAGGAACUCUGUGGAACCUCUCCUCACAUGAGCCACUGAAGAUGAUGGUGAUCAACAAUGGGCUUCAAACUCUGACUGAUGAGAUCAUCAUCCCAUACUCGGGAUGUAGGAGAGACUCAGCCAACCCCUCACAACUGCUGAGUGCUGAGUGGAACACCGUCUUCAAGAACACCUCGGGAUGUCUGAGGAACGUGAGCUCAGAUGGAGCGGAGGCUCGCCAGAGGUUGAGGGAUUGCGAGGGGCUAGUGGACGCGCUCCUGCACGCCCUUCAGUCCGCUGUUGUCAACAAGGACACUGAUAAUAAGUCAGUGGAGAAUUGCGUGUGCAUCCUGCGAAACCUGUCCUAUCAUGUUCACAAAGAGAUUCCGGGAGCGGAGCGAUUUCAGGAACCCCAUGCUAGUCAUCUGAUGAGAUCAGUGGGACACCAGAAGAAGAAGAAUGAGACCGACUGCUUUGGAGGGAAAAGACCCAAAGAGGAGUGGUUCAAUCAAGGUUGGAAAAAGGGAUUAUUGGACAGGAAAUACGGUACAUUGGAUUUACCAAAACGUACAGAGCAAAUGAAAGGCUUGGAACUGCUGUACCAGCCAGAGGUGGUGAGGCUCUACCUCUCUCUUCUCACCUGCAGUCAGAACCACAACACCCUGGAGGCAGCCGCGGGGGCGCUGCAGAACCUCGCUGCGGGUCACUGGGCUUGGUCCAGCUACAUCCGGGCCACGGUGAGAAAAGAGAAAGGACUGCCUGUUCUGGUGGAGCUGCUGCGCUCUGACGUGGACAAAGUGGUGCGAGCCGUGGCCAUCGCUCUUCGCAACCUGGCAAUGGACAGGAGGAACAAAGACCUAAUAGGGAGCUACGCUCUGAGGGACCUUGUCGGUAAUCUGCCAUGUGGGCAGCAGCACCCAGCGAAGAAUCUCGAGGGGGAUACCGUGGUGUCCAUUCUGAACACCAUCCAUGAGAUCAUCACCGACAGCCCAGAGAACGCCCGAGCGCUCAUACAGGGCCACGCGGUGCAGAAACUGGUUGCCAUCAACAAGUCCAGCCAAGUGGCUCGGGAGACCAAGGCAGCUUCCCAUGUGCUUCAGACAAUAUGGGCCUACAAGGACCUGAGGACAGCUCUGAUGAAGGCUGGUUGGAACAAGAGCCACUUUAAGACAACAACUACUGGAGGGACUAAAAAAUCCAAGAGUAUAAAGCAAGGCGGCGAUGACAUCACCCUGCCUCUCAUGGACAAAAAUCAAGAGCCAAAUGACAGAGCUGGAGAUGGAAAAGGGCCGGUUGUGGAAAGAGACACUCUCCAGGCGAUAAGUGAGAGAAAACACUUCAUCAGAGCUGGCAGACCUGCAGUGGGCCUCAUGGAUAACAAACCUCCACCACUGGACUCCUGGGUGUGAACACACAGCCAGUGGAGCCGGUUAAAUCCAGCUGAGACACUUUCCGUUGGUGAAAUGCAGAUUUGUGCAAUUGGCUCAUUCUUGUACAGACAGACAAACGUGUUCAGUUCAAAAUAAUUUCCUUUGUUCACUGGUAAUAACGUGCUAAACAGUUACAUGUAUUUAUUUUGGAGGUUAUUUGGCAAAACAUUUAAUAGAAUUUCUCAUUUAGGAUGGUGUACUGUAUGCCUGCGCCUCAUGAUGGAUUAUGUAUGACAUCUGAAUCGGCCUAAAUAUGCAAACUGUGGUGAUUCAUGACUCCAAAGAAUAUAUGACAUGUACAAUCUAAAUUUAAACAAGUAUGAUAUGUGAAUCUGUUGUUGUCCAUCCCCAUGGGUUCUGGGCUAAAGAGGAUUCUGAUACAAUUUGUUUUUAAUAAUAUUUUUGGUCAGUAUUUGAGAUCAUUAGGAUUAGGGCUACUAUCGACCUAGUCGUCAAAAACAACCAAUUUAUUUUGAAUUCAGCUCAUUCUGGACAAACCUGCCAUUAGACUAGACGGUGCAGUCAUAAGCAAAUCUUUUGUUUGUUCGAUGAUAGGCGGAAUGGGAUUGUAAAUGUGUAACAAAGGACUGUUAAUAUUGGAAAUGAAGGUAUUUAUAUUGUAAUAUUUAUUGUAAUACCCAUGUUAUUAAAUAAGGUUAUUGAUGUGCAUUAGCUAGUACCGGUAAGUGAUACUACAUUCUAUAAAACUCUGCUUUGCAGUGGUCCUUUUUGCAUUGCGAUGUUGAAUGAAAAAUUAUAAUAAAUGACGUGCAUCAUU